UACGGUGUCUGGCCUGUUCGGUGCUCAGGCCAUUGGACUAAAGUCAAAGAAGCGACGAAGCUCCUAGAGAUCGCAGGUGGGCCGUCCGGCGCGUCACUCUGACCCAGCAAGCUAUGCUACUAUCGGAACCGUACCGUAUCUGAACCUUCGAAAACAGGUUCAUAAACGGGAAAGAAGCACUCAAUGGCGCCGCCACCACCGCGUCCUAGCCGUCCGGGAAAGAAGGAGAUUUCUGUUGUUCGAGCUCUAUACGAUUACGCAGCUCAACGCCCAGACGAACUCAGCUUUCAAGAGGGUGAUGUCCUUUACGUGUUGAACAAAGACGAGGAGCACUGGUGGAAGUGUCGGUGCAAUGACAAGGAGGGAUUUGUGCCAAAGAACUAUGUGGGCGAGAACACGGCUGAAAUCGACAAUCCUCUGCACGAGGCUGCCAAAAGGGGAAAUCUGGGGUUUGCCAAGGAGCUGCUGAGCGCUGGAGUCUCCGUAAAUGCCCUCGACAAAGCUGGGAACUCGCCUUUGCAUUGGGCUAGUAGAGGCGGCCACGCGGAUGUUGUGCGUUGCUUGUUGGAUUACAAGCCGGCCAUCAACGCGCAGAACAAAUUGGGCGACAGUCCCUUACAUCUUGCGUCGUGGGGUGGUCAUACAGCGGUGGUGCAGCUAUUGAUCUCACAGCCUACCAUUGACACUCGACUGAAAAACAACGACGGCAAAACCUCUGUCGAUCUGGCCAAAUCUGAUGAGACGGCUGCGUUCUUGAUGCAGGCGAUCGGCGCCGGUUAUGCGUCGGGAAUGGUGGAGGAUGAGGAGGACGAGGACGAUUGAGCUUCCCAGCGUACUUUCUCUGGAAGACAGCUCCGUGCGAGUCAAGUUUUGUAGGGUAGGGCGUUUUCAAUGAGCUCAACAUGUAGUUAGCAUCUUCAGAUAGAUCGCCCGGGUCAAUGGAAGGUGAUAAUGGACGCGUUCGCUGCUGGCGAGUUCUCCCAAUGGAUCCGAGGGCUCGAGGAAGCCAUCUUGUAUCAGAAAGUUGGAACGCUACAUAUGCAACGGGCCGGCCAUUGUCGAGGCUCGAGCGUGCUCACAGCAC